CUGCUGAAUCGACACUUUUAGAUAUUAAAACUCUUCAAGGAGCAAAUUUCUUCACAGACCAUAUCAUUGAUUUGAAUUUGAAAAAAGAUAAAAUUUGUCUUUUAGAUCCAUCUGCAAAAGACAUUUUGAAACCUGAGGAUGGAAAUUAUUUUGAGAGUCUGGGGGAUUUGCAAAUGACAACUGAUACUGCCAUAAAUGUUACAAAAAGGGUUAUAGAAGACAAAGUUGCCAUUGACCAGAUUCCUUAUAUCGAUUUUCCUGAGAUAAAACUUAGUACAAAAGAAUCAGUGUCAACUUUACAAACAACAACAGACGAACUAAAACUAAACCUCGUACCAUUAUUACCCGAAGGAAUGAUUGAAUUGUUAAAAAAAGAUGGUGAUAUGGCAAAUGAUUUUUCUCUACUGCUCCAUGAAAAAAUGUUGAAUCCCAACAUCGCAGAACGAAAAGAUUGUAAAGGUGAAGAGAAAACCGAUACUGAAUUUUCAUCAACUUGCUGCUCGACCAUUUCA